AUGGCGUCGUCAGCAGCCGCGCCGCAGGCGGCGGCUCCGCCCGCGGCAGCACCUGCCACCGACCCCAAGCUUGUGCGGAUUCGGGCGGCGAUGGCCAGGGCAGACGGCGGCAGGGGCAUCCAGGCCUUCAUUGUCCCGUCCGAAGACCCACACAUGGCGAGUUGUGUAGGCGAGUGCGACGCCCGCAGAGAGUUCAUCUCAGGCUUUGACGGCUCCGCCGGUACCGCCGUCGUGUGCCUGGAUACCGCCGCGCUCUGGACCGACGGCCGGUACUUCCUUCAGGCGGAGGCCCAGCUGGGACCAGACUGGACGCUCAUGCGCCAUGGCACGCCCAACUGCCCAGAGGUGCACGAGUGGCUGGCGGAGCACCUGCCCGAGGGCUCCCGCGUGGGCAUCGACCCUGCGGUACACACCGUGGACGCCGCCGAGAAGCUGAAGGCCAAGCUGCGCGCCGCGGGCAAGCAGCUGGUGGCGCUGGGCAGCAACCCGGUGGAUGAGGCGUGGGAGGGGCGCCCUGCUCCGCCAGAGGCGCCGCUGCGGGUGCACCCUCUUGAGUGGGCGGGGCAGAGCGUGGCGCAGAAGCUGGAUGGGCUGCGCCGCCAGCUGGCAGAGGCCGGCGCCGGCGCCCUGCUCGUCACGAUGCUGGACGAGGUGGCCUGGCUGUUCAACCUGCGGGGCGGGGAUGUGGCCUACAACCCGGUCUUCCUAUCCUACGGCGUGGUGACCGCAGACGGUGCCACCCUGUAUGUCGACCCCCGCAAGGUCACCCCAGAGGUGGCUGCGCACCUGGGGGAGGCGGGGGUGGUGGUGAAGGAGUAUGGCGCUCUGAUGGGGGAUGUGCGCGGCAUGGCGGCGGCUGGCACCAAGAUCUGGCUGGACCCGUCUCGGGUGCGUGCGGCAGCCGGGAUUGCUGAGAUGUGCCCAGGGGGGUGCUCCGUCCUCACAAUUCACACACGCAUUCGCCCCACGCCGCUACCCUCAGCACACACACCCCACCCCCGCCUCGCCGCCGGCUGCCACCCCCCGCCCGCAGUCACCCUGGCCAAGUCUGUGAAGAACGACGCUGAGCUGGCGGGGCUGCGGGAAGCGCACUUGCGCGACGGCGUGGCGCUCACCCAGUUCCUGUGCUGGGUGGAGAAGGAGGUGGCGGGAGGCCGCGUGCUGACGGAGGUGGAGAUUGACGAGGAGCUGACGGCGAGGCGUGCGGCGCAGCCCGGCUUUGUGGAGCCAUCCUUCCCGACGAUCGCGGGCGCCGGCCCCAACGGUGCCGUCAUCCACUACCGCGCCCAGCCCGGCACCUGCCGCGCCGUGGACGCCUCCACCCUGCUCCUGCUGGACAGCGGCGCCCAGUUUGACUGCGGUACCACCGACAUCACCCGCACCAUGCACUUUGGCAGCCCCACACCACACCAGAAGGCCUGCUUCACCGCGGUACUGCAGGGCCACGUCGCCCUUGACUCCGCCGUCUGGCCAGAGGGCACCCCCGGCUGCGCCAUCGACGUCCUGGCCCGCACCCCGCUGUGGGCCCUGGGGCUCAACUACAGGCAGGCCUGCUGCCGGGCGGCGGCAGCUUGGCACGGCACCGGGCACGGCGUGGGCGCAGCGCUGAACGUGCACGAGGGGCCCCAGAGCAUCAGCAGCCGCUUCUGGAACACGCAGCCGCUGCUGGAGCGCAUGGUCUGCAGCAAUGAGCCGGGGUACUAUGAGGACGGCGCCUUUGGCAUCCGCAUAGAGAACCUGUUUGUAGUGGUGGAGGCGGCCACGCCGUUCCGCUUCGCGGGGCAGCCCUACUACACGUGCGAGCGCCUCACCGUGUGCCCGCUGCAGAAGAAGAUGAUUGCGGUGGAGCAGCUGAGCCAGAAGGAGGUAGCCUGGGUGGAUGCCUACCACCGCCAGGUAUGGGAGGCGCUGGCGCCACGCCUGGAGGGGCAGGCUGAAGAGCUGGAAUGGCUGCGCCAGGCCACCUCGCCGCUGUGA